UUGGUCUCUCUCUCUCUCUGUGUGUGUGUGUGUGUGUGUGUGUGUGUGUGGUUGCAGGAGGGGUGGGGGGAAAAGGAGCGAGGGAGGCUCCGGCUCAUUCAUUUGCAGCCUCCGCAGCAGAAGCCGACAGCACGGAACCGGCAAAAGACGGCCGGAACCCGCGCUCCGCCGGCCAAGGUCCACCGGGCGGCAUCGCUGGUCUCCGAGAGAGCAUUCCUGCCACUCUUGGAUCUUCAUGAGGAAGCAGUUUGGUAGCCAAGAAGGAAGCCAUCUCGGUUGAAAGCCAACCUCAGCCAUGCCCUGGAAUGUCAAGUGGUUGAACAGCUACAGCAGCCAUGGCUCUCAGUCCCAGAAACAAUGCCGGAAGUCCUCCUUUGCCUUCUAUCAAGCUGUGAGGGACCAGCUGCCUGUCUGGCUCUUGGAGGACAUGAGGCGCAUGGAGGCUUUCCACUGGCAGGAAGGGGGCAAAGUCAGCACCUACUCCCCUUCUGAGGCCCUCCUCUAUGCCCUGGUCCACAACCAUCAGCCUUACGCCCAUUAUCUCCUCAGCAAAUUUCCAAACCACGCUUUGGAGAUCCCCAGCCUCCACUUCAGCUGCUGCCACUCGUCGGCGCCUCACCUGGCCAUGGCUGUGCGCUACAACCGUGUCCAUAUCCUUCUAGAGAUUCUGAAGGCCAUCAAGGACUUCCCGGCCAGCGAUCGAGCCAGCUAUUUAGACCGUCGAGGGUGCAGCCGGGUGGAGGGGGGAAAGACGUCCCUCCACAUGGCCUGCGAACUGGCCAGGCCCGAGUGUUUGCUCUUGUUACUAGGCCAUGGAGCCUCGCCUUGUCUUCGCGACUGUGCUGGAAACACACCUUUAGACCUCCUGCUGCAGCAGAUCUGGGAGGCCCCAACCUCGAAUCUGCGCACCAAGCUCCUCCUCCUGGACUCUCUGUUUCUCUUUAUGCCUCAGGACUUCCCAUUUGCCAUGAAGCAACAACUGCUGGUUGACCACCAGCAGUGGCAGGAACUUCUGGGGAAAAACAGGUACCAGCGGCUGGCAGGUUUAGCGCCUUCUUCCCUCUUCGUUCAGGCUAUGCAGGUCUUAAUCAGGACCAUUUCACCAGAUCGGUUUCCAGAGGCGCUGGAUGACCUGCCUUUGCCACACUUUCUGAAACCUUUGGACCUCAAACUGAAGAAUUAAGAACACAGAACUAGAGAUGCCUUCCUUUCUCUCCACCCGGCCGUUCUUACUUGUGUGGUGGAAAUAGCUUUUUGGUUCUUGUAUGGAGAACUGCCGUGUUUAAUAUAAAAACUGUGUGGGAGACAGGGAAGCCCUUGCUCUAAUUAGAAUCUUGUUUUUUAAAAGCC